CGAAGCGUCUGAAGAUCCUCCUUCUCUGAAGAAGAAGCACCAAAGUAGCUGACCGAGUUAGUUAACCUUAGGGCGGAGCCGAGAGCUUCUCCGAUCACAUCAAUGGCGUCUCCGGCGGCACUUCAGAGAUCCCCUCUCUCUUCCUCCCCGUCGUCCCCUCUCCAGCGCCUAUCCACAUUCAAAACCUCCGCCACGGGCACGUCAACCCCCGCGGCCACCGCCACCACCGCGUCCUCCGCCCUCGACACCUUCGCCAACGACCCGAUCUUCUCCGGCUUCCUGUCUCCGUCCUUCUCUUCCACUUCUUUCUCGUCUGCCGCGCUUUCGUCCGGCUCCCCGGCCUCCACCGCCGAGAAGCUCCACAACGCCAUCCGCCUCCUUGAGUCCCAGCUACGCUCUGAGGUCCUCUCCCGCCACCACGACCUCCUCUCCCAGCUCUCCUCCCUCAAGUCCGCUGAGCACUCACUCUCCACCGUACGAUCCGCCGUCUCCUCCCUCCAGUCUUCCCUCCGCCGCAUCAGAUCCGAACUCUCCGAGCCCUAUGCAUCCAUCAGAUCCAAGUCUCUCCAGCUCUCCAACCUCCACCGCACCACCGAGCUCCUCCAGCAUACUAUCCGUGCUCUCCGGCUAUCGAAGAAGCUCCGUGAGAUGGCACCGUAUCCGGUCAUCGAUCCCGAGAAAUUCGACCUUGCCAAGGCUGCCCAGCUGCACUGCGAGAUCCUGGGUCUCUGCGACGAGUAUGAUCUCACCGGAAUUGAAGCUAUCGACGAGGAGCUCAAGUAUGUGAGAGAGAUUGGAGACAAGACGAGGAGCGAGGCAAUGAAGGUAUUGGUGAGAGGAAUGGAAGGGUUAAACCAAGCAGAAGUGGGAACUGGGCUUCAGGUGUUCUACAAUCUCGGCGAGCUGAAGGCCACUGUGGAGCAGUUAGUGAAUAAGUACAAGGGAAUCGGAGUGAAGAGCAUUAACUCGGCGCUGGACAUGAAGGCAAUAUCGGCCAGUGGAGGAGGAGGGUAUGGGCCUGGGGGGAUUAGAGGGAGUGGGACGCCGCAGAUUGGAGGAAGUGCGAAGGCUCGGGAGGCUCUGUGGAAGAGAAUGGAGAAUUGUAUGGAUCAGUUGCAUUCGGUGGUGGUGGCAGUAUGGCACUUGCAGAGGGUAUUGUCCAAGAAGAGGGAUCCGUUCACCCAUAUUUUGUUGAUUGAAGAGGUCAUUCAGGAGGGUGAUUCUGUGUUGACAGAUCGUGUCUGGGAAGCACUUGUGAAGGCUUUUGCAAGUCAAAUGAAAUCUGCUUUCACGGCGUCAAGUUUUGUGAAAGAAAUUUUCACUAUGGGAUACCCAAAGAUGAUCUCCAUGGUCGAGAACCUUCUUGAACGGAUCUCACGUGAUACUGACGUCAAAGGGGUCUUACCAGCUAUUACCUCCGAAGGAAAGGAUCACAUGGUUGCGGCCAUAGAAAUAUUCCAGACUGCUUACUUGGCCCUUUGCUUGAGCCGUCUCUCAGAUCUCGUGAAUAACGUGUUUCCAGUUUCUAGUCGUGGAAGCUUCCCUUCAAAGGAACACAUUUCAAGAAUUGUAUCACGUAUUCAGGAAGAGAUCGAAGCUGUUCAGUUUGAUGGGCGUUUGACUCUCCUCGUCUUGCGUGAAAUAGGCAAGAGUUUGCUCCUGCUAGCAGAACGAGCUGAAUACCAGAUAUCUACUGGUCCUGAAGCACGCCAAGUAACGGGUCCUGCCACCAUGGCCCAGCUGAAGAACUUCACCAUAUGUCAGCACCUGCAAGAGAUUCACACGCGCAUAUCAUCUCUGAUAAAGGGACUGCCACCUGUUGCCGCUGAUGUGCUGUCUCCCUCGCUUGGUGCAGUUUAUGGGGUUGCAUGUGACUCAGUGACAUCCUUAUUUCAAGCAAUGCUUGAUCGCCUUGAGUCCUGCAUACUGCAGAUCCACGAUCAGAAUCUUGGUGAUCCCAAAACAGAUGCUGCUAUGGAUAAUAACAUGUCCCCUUACAUGGCAGAGCUGCAAAAGUCUAUUCUCCACUUCCGAAGUGAGUUCCUUUCUCGGCUUUUUCCUCCAUCUAAUACUGCUGCUGCUGGGACAGAGACAAUAUGCACCCGCUUAGUUCGAAAUAUGGCUGCACGGGUUCUGAGUUUCUUCAUAAGACACUCUUCCCUCAUAAGACCCCUCUCAGAGUCAGGAAAGCUGAGGCUGGCACAUGACAUGGCUGAGCUGGAGCUAGCUGUGAGCCAGAACCUCUUCAAGGUGGAGCAGCUCGGAGCUCCAUACAGAGCCCUUCGGGCAUUUCGGCGUCUUAUAUUUUUGGAGACCUCUCAGCUCAGUGCAUCCCCUCUCCUUCAGGACCUGCCCCUUAAUGUGAUUCUUCAUCACCUCUACACACGGGGCCCCGAGGAGUUUCAGUCUCCCUUGCAGAGGAACAAGCUCACGCCUCUUCAGUACUCUCUGUGGUUGGACUCGCAAGGGGAGGAUCAGAUAUGGAAGGGGAUCAAGGCGACUCUCGACGAUUAUGCUGCUAAGGUGAGGGCGAGAGGGGACAAGGAAUUCAGUCCUGUGUAUCCCCUCAUGCUCCAGCUUGGGUCCUCCCUGACAGAUGCUGCUUCUUCGCCCUUGAAGCAAUAAAUAUUGAACGUGCACUCUGAGAAUUGGAUUGUUUCUAACCGGAGCAGCUAGGCAUCUACCUGUCCGGGACGUUAUGGUGUUGAGACUGGUUGCGAGCUUCGCUGUUGCCGGAAUAUACCCUCGAUCAUAGAGGUGAAUGAUUUUCUUGCUCCUGCAGAAUAUCGAAUAAGGGAGGCUGAGUUUUCAUCCAACCGAAAAGCUUAUUUUAGGGCCAAUCAACUCCUGGGGCACGGGUUCAUGUGGUCAUGCAAUUUUCCCUGCUUGUACAAGUUCAAGUUGUCUUAUGUAAUUAGGUUCGACCAUCUUGCUGAUCCUCCUCCAAGAAUUCGUUUUUGCCCUUGUAUUGUCAAAAGUAAACAUAUCCCAUACCCGUUGAAACACGAUGACUGACAAACAGAACACUGUUUGCGAAAUGCUUCGAGGUUCGCAAUAGAACAGGACUUGAUUGCAGAAUCACAUUCUCUCA